AUGGCUGGUCGACAGACUUCAUUUUUUACCGAACUGUUUUUCAUUUCUCAAAUGUUCCUUAACAUUGCCACUCAGCAGUGUGGAACUGGUGGCGACCUAUACUCGAUUUAUCAAAUGAUGCUUAAGGGCCACACCUAUAAGACGUUCAAGUUUACACUAGGUACGCUGGAAUGCAGAGAGGCUUGCCUUGCUGAUGACAGGUGUCAAAGCUAUAAUGUGGUCAUGUUCAUUGCAAUAUGUGAGUUAAACAACCGGACUAAAGAAGCCAGACCAGAGGACUUUGUCAAGGACGAAAACAGAUAUUAUAUGGCAAAAGGUCCAGAACGAGGUAAUAGAAUUUGCAAAUAUAGAAUAGUAGGGUGUAGUUAUGUCUACGGAUUUUGCGCGACGAGCCUCUGAUUUUUUUUAACUUUUAUUCAGUCAAAGUAAAAUUUCAAUUUCGGUUCCCCUGGGAUCAAUCUUUGAGCUGCCUGCUGAAUCGUGCGAGGAGAUCGAGGCGAGUGAAGGAAGACAGGCAGUUAACGGUAAUUAUUGGCUGGAUUUUACAACAUCUGGGAACUCUACUUCAGCUCGUUGCGCAUAA